AACAAGACCUUUAUUAGUGUAGACCAGUCAACUUUCCUCAUUUCUGCGUUUUCCACCAGAGGAGACAAAGGAACAGAUCUACAGUGGUUGAAGUCCAGCAGACGUGAUGCAGGCUCUGUGGCCUUUGCUGCUGUCUGCUUUUCCGGCUUUGCUGGGAGCUUCAUCACUGUUUGUGGAAAAGGAAAGCAGUGGUUCGAGGAUCUGUAAACCUGCCCCGCAGUGGGAGAUCGAUGGCAAGACUCCCAUGAAGGAACUUCUGGGAAAUGUAGUCGUCGUAGCUCUGCUUAAAGCCAGCUGACAUUUCUGUCUGACGCAGGCAGCCAGGCUGGGAGACCUGCGUGACAAGCUGGCUAAUGGAGGACUGACUAACAUUUCAUUCAUGGUUGUGAAUGAGCAGGACUCUCAGUCCAGAGCCAUGUACUGGGAGCUGAAAAGGAGGACAGCUCAGGACAUCCCGGUGUACCAGCAGAGCCCACUGCAAAAUGACGUCUGGGAGAUCCUGGAGGGAGACAAGGAUGAUUUCUUAGUGUAUGACAGAUGUGGAUACCUCACCUUUCACAUUGUCCUGCCAUUCAGUUUUCUUCACUACCCUUAUAUAGAAGCUGCCAUCAGGGCUACAUAUCACAAAAACAUGUGCAACUGCUCACUAAAUGCCAACUUUUCCAUAUCAGAAAGCUCUGACAGCACCAAAAAUGAGCCCGCAGGAGAAAACAACCAGCGGCCCAACAGUACAGAGCCAGUAACUGCUGCUCAUCAUCAUCAUCAUCAACAACAUGAGCCUCAUCAUCAUCAUAAUCCAUAUCCAAAUAACCAUAAAAAAUCAGGCGAUUCAGAUGUGACCGGGAAACCAAAGGAGCCAACCCAUCAUUCUCAUCAAGAACAUGUUCACAACCACAGAUUUUACACAGUUUUUAGUUUUAUUAUUUUAUUUUAUAUAAUGUUUUUUUUUUUUGUAAAUAUAUGGAGCUGCUCUUGUGUCAGAACUUCAUAUUUACCUCAGAGGGGGGUAUUCGGUUGUCUUCAGUGUAUUUUUGUUCUUAAUGAAGUGUACACUUUAAACCUGAGACAGGGGUCUGUAUGCGGAUGCUGAACACAGGAGUCAUUUAUUUACACUAAACUUCUGAUUUCCCCCCUUUUUGGGAAAAUGUGAUUGUGCUGAACUAAGUGGUUGCUUGGAUUAUUAUGUUAACAGCCUUUUCUUUACUAAUAUGUUGUUUGAUAUGUUAAGUUAAUGUAAACAGCCAAAAAUGGUGUAAGAUAUGCAAAGAGCUGUAAAAUAAAUACAUACAUGUUACUAAAUAUUAAUUAAAAAACUAUGUAAUGUC